CUCUCCAGUACCAGUGUUGCCAAACGAAAAUUUGCCUUUCCCCUCUCAAAUGUCCCCUAAAUUAAAACAAUAUGUGCUUCGGUUUUCUGGCCACCAGUCGGUUGAUUUUUUUGAGAUUCCAUAAUUUCUACUGUAUUUUUUCAUAAUAUCUGAAUAAUACAUGCCUUGAAAAAGCCCUAGGACCGUUCCCUAAAUCUGGCGAAAACCCAGAUCUGACGGGAAAAAUGCCGAUGUAGCAUCAUUUGUUUACUACUCAUUGCACCGGUGUGUUGCCAGACUUUUCGGUCCGAGUGACCACAAGUACCAGAUCGUUGUGCAUGAAAAGUCAUACGAAUAAAAAUAUCGCGAUUUCGAUAUCAUUUUUCAGUAAAAAUAUCGAUAUAUUUUGAUGUGACACUUUUGGUCGCUGGGACCGAAAAUCUGGCAACGCCGCGGUACGAGGUGCGCGAGCGACCAGCGUUGCCAGAUCGUCAAUUUCCCAGCGACCAAAAGUGCCAGAUCGCGAUUCCGAUAACAUUUUCACAAAAAAUCGACAACCUCACAUCACUCGCGUCGGGUCGCUAAAAAAAACACUAAUACAAACACUCGGGGCGUGUGAUUAAAUAUCUAACUUAAAAUUGCGGUGUGUGUAAAUUACUGUUGUCUGGCGCAAAGUUGGCUUAUUUUAGUGAAACUGCGCCGACAAACAACAACAAAGAGUACGAAAAAAGGCAACGGGAAAAUUUUUUGUUUGCUCGCAGUGUGCGUGCAUGUGUGUGUGUGUUUGUUUAUUGGUGUGCGUGUGCAGGAGCAGCGUCAUCCUCUUUAUCCCUCUCUUCUUGCCACAAAAGUGAAACAUGUUUUUCUGUGGCAACAACAAAAGCCACAACAACGGCAGCUGCAACAAUCGACAAAAACAACAACUGCAGCAGUAGCAGCUUGUGGAUAAUGCUUUAAAAACAAAAAAAAGCCAACAACAACAUCGGAAAAUUCAAAUCAACGGCAACAACUCUUCAAAGGGACGCGGAAUACAACAAGAAAACACGUCAAAAUAAAUAAAACUACCAAAUGCAGUACAGUUUGUUUUGUUUUUUAAUUAAAACGCGGUGUGUGUGUGAAAAAUAAUGUUUGUCCAAAAUGUUGGGAAAAACGAUACACAACAACAACCAUAAAACAAAAACUACGAUAACCUGAAAAAAUAAUUAGCUCAAAGCGAAUAAGCCACAGAUAAAAAAAAAACAUAGCAAAACUCAAAAAGCGAAUCGCGGAGAAAACAAAUAAGAGAAGAAUCGCAUUGGGAAGAAAGCAAAAGAAAGCCAGAUCGACAACAGCAAAACGCACAGCAAAAAAUACAACGCUUUUCGGUUUCUUCUCAGAUUUCCCUCGCGCGCACCAGUGUGUGUGUUUGCGUGCGUGUCGUGUCGUGUCGCGUGUGUGUGUGUGUUUUGUUUUUAUUAGAGCACACACACACGCCGCCCGUUGUCGGUGUAUGUGUCUGUGUAAUUGCAAUGGUAAACGGUAAAUAAACAAUAAAAAAAACAACAAGAAGCCACCAAUAAUUCAAUGUGUGAGCACUAGUGCGCUUGUUGUCUCACUCGCCCACACACAACCAAAGUGUUUUUUUCAUCUUUUUUUUUCUGUUACUAAAUGUGCGUUUUUUGACAAUUGCAAAUAAAAAUCGCAAAAAGAGUUAAGGCAAAAAUUACAACAAAAGACUAAAUAUCUUGUGUUCAUAAUUUUAAACAAAAAAAAAAAAAAAAAGGAGCAACAGCAAAAAGAACAACAAAUAGUAUUCGACAAAAAAAGUUCGCAUCAAGAUAUAUACGAGAAUAUAUAUUAAAAGACAUAUACUAUACAGCAUAAAUAUAUAAUAUUAAUAAAUUGUAAACGAACUCAAAAUAAAUAAAUAAUAAUAAUAAUCAAAUACACACAAGUUCAACUACUAAGUUGCAAAUAAGCCAGCAACAACAACGACAUAAAGGAAUAAAAACAAGCAAGUACAUAACGAAAAGAAACGCAGAAAUCCCAAACAAAUUUAUAUAAAAAAAUUCGACAAAAAUAAAUUACAAAAUAAUACUAAAUAAAAAUCGACAAAUGUAUCACUAUUCACUUCAAUAUAUCCCAAUCGCAUGAACAAAUAACGCAAUAUAUAAUAUAUAUAUACAUAUAUAUUUAUAUAUAUGUAUAUAUAUAUAUAACCACAAAUAUAUAUAUGUAUAUAUAUAUACACUAAUAUAAAGUAGGAGUAAAGAGAAGCAAUCUUCGAUUCAUUAAUCAGCGCAAAGCCAACAAACAUCAGCCCCAUGUAUAGAUUAGAGGACACGAAUAGCGGAGGCGUUAUGGAUAAGAAUAAACAGAAACUAUCCGCGUAUGGGUCCAGCGCGGGCAGCGUCGACGCAGCGCAGGGCAGCGGGAGCGGGAGCGGUGGAGGCGGUCGACAGCGUCAUGCCCCACUUUAUGGACGCUUUGUUGCCGAGGACGAUCUGCCUGCCACGCACAGAGAUGUCAUGCACCAUCACUCUAGUCCCUCGUCGUCGUCGGAGGUGCGUGCCAUGCAGGCCCGUAUUCCCACCCAUUUUCGAGACCCCUCCUCGGGACCGCUACGAAAGCUGAGCGUUGAUCUAAUAAAAACCUACAAACACAUCAACGAGGUUUACUAUGCGAAAAAGAAACGCCGUGCUCAGCAAACGCAGGGCGAUGACGAUUCGUCCAAUAAAAAGGAGCGGAAGCUGUACAACGAUGGCUAUGAUGACGAUAACCACGACUAUAUAAUCAAGAAUGGCGAAAAGUUUCUGGACCGCUACGAGAUUGAUUCGCUGAUCGGCAAGGGCAGUUUUGGUCAGGUGGUAAAGGCCUAUGAUCACGAGGAGCAAUGCCAUGUGGCGAUCAAGAUAAUUAAGAAUAAAAAACCGUUCCUAAACCAGGCACAGAUCGAGGUCAAGCUGCUCGAGAUGAUGAACCGGGCGGAUGCCGAAAACAAAUACUACAUCGUGAAGCUCAAACGGCACUUUAUGUGGCGCAACCACCUGUGCCUGGUGUUCGAGCUGCUCUCAUACAACCUGUACGACCUGCUGCGGAACACCAACUUCCGGGGCGUCUCGCUAAACCUCACGCGCAAGUUCGCCCAGCAGCUCUGCACUGCGCUGCUAUUCCUCAGCACCCCCGAACUGAACAUUAUUCACUGUGAUUUAAAGCCGGAGAAUAUCUUGCUGUGCAACCCGAAACGCUCGGCGAUCAAGAUCGUUGACUUUGGCAGCUCCUGUCAACUGGGUCAGCGGAUCUACCAUUAUAUCCAGUCGCGAUUCUACCGCUCGCCGGAGGUGCUGCUGGGCAUUCAGUAUGACCUGGCCAUCGAUAUGUGGUCGCUGGGCUGCAUCCUGGUGGAGAUGCACACGGGCGAGCCGCUCUUCUCCGGCUGCAACGAGGUGGAUCAGAUGAACAAGAUUGUCGAGGUGCUGGGCAUGCCGCCAAAGUACCUGCUCGAUCAGGCGCACAAGACCCGCAAGUUCUUUGACAAAAUCGUGGCCGAUGGCUCCUAUGUGUUGAAAAAGAAUCAGAAUGGGCGCAAGUACAAGCCGCCGGGAUCCCGCAAGCUGCACGACAUUCUGGGCGUGGAAACUGGCGGGCCGGGUGGCCGGCGUCUAGAUGAGCCCGGUCACUCCGUCUCCGAUUAUCUCAAGUUCAAGGAUCUGAUCCUGCGCAUGCUCGACUUUGACCCCAAAACACGGGUCACGCCCUACUACGCCCUGCAGCACAACUUCUUCAAGCGCAUGGCGGACGAGGCGACCAACACAAGCGGUGCGGGCGCCACAGCCAAUGCCGGCGCUGGUGGAUCCGGCUCUAGCGGAGCUGGCGGUUCCAGCGGGUUCAGCGGACCGGGAGGCGGAGGUGCUGGCGGCGGCGGGGGCCUGGGAUCGAGCAACAGCAGCAGUAGCGGAGCGGUCUCCUCAUCCAGCGCAGCAGCCGCUGCGGCAGCGGCAGCAGCAGUUAGCUCAGCUUCGGUCACAGGGUCCUCCGGUUCGGGAACGGGAUCUGGAGUGCCGGGCGGAUCCUCUGCGGCGCAGCAGCAGCAACAGGCGAUGCCCCUGCCACUGUCCCUGCCGCUGCCACCGCACGCGGGUCCCGGCGGUGCGUCGGAUGCCCAGUGUCAUGGCCCACACAUGCACCCGUUAAUGGCCGCGGCCAAUGCGAUGAACAACUUCUCCGCUCUGAGUCUGCAGCCAACCGGGGCACAUCCGCCGCCUUCGCUAGCCAAUAGCAGCCACCACAGCAGCAACAGUCUGGGCAGCCUCAAUCACAUCAGUCCCGGGAGCAGCAGUGCUCGGCACAGCCGCCUCUAUGGCAGCAGUCACCAUCAGAGCAACAACAGCAGCAGCAUGGGCAACCACAGUAGCCUCAGCUAUCCGCACGCCAUGGAAUGUGAUCCGCCGCCGAUGCCGCCCCAGAACGGGCAUGGCCGAAUGCGGGUGCCGGCGAUCAUACAGCUGCAGCCGAACAGCUAUGCCCCCAACUCGAUGCCCUACUAUGGCAACAUGUCCUCGGCGGCAGCAGCAGCUGCAGCGGCGGCGGCUGCUGCCUCACACCUGAUGAUGACGGAUUCGAGUGUAAUUAGCGCUACAGCUGCAGGCGGCGGACAGGGCGGCGGCAAUCCCGGUUCAAAUCAAGUGUCGACCGCCACUGCCGCCUUCCUCUAUCCUUCUCAGCCCGCUGGAACGAUGUAUGGCGCGACGCCAGCUUCGCUGAGCGAGCUGCCGCUGCCGCUGCCACCACUGCCGUUACAACUGCCCAUGCAAAUGCCAAUGCCCCUGCUGCUGCCGCCCUCAUCGUCGUCGUCCUCGUCCGCGGGGUCCGGCGUGUCGGUUUCUGGUGGCGGCGGCGGAGGUGUCAGCGUCUCCGGCCAGAGGCGACACGCUGGCGGACCUGCCGUGGCCCAGGGUGUUGGUAGUGGCGGCAGCAAUUCAACGACUGGAGCCAGCAGCAGUGAUGCCUCCUCGUCGUCGCCCAUGGUGGGCGUUUGUGUUCAACAGAAUCCUGUAGUUAUACAUUAGCAUAUAGACAAAGUGAAAGAGUUUGGAGUUGCCUGCAUUAUAUACCUUUCUGAUAUAUAGAUAUAUAUAUAUAUAUAUAGCUUUUUUUUGUUCACACACCUUUCGCCGCUCUCUGUUGCUAUUUAUUGCCCCAUCUGAAGGAACACAUCCAAGCCCAAGUCCCAGCCCUUCCAAGCCCCCCAAAUGGUCCACGCCACAGCCUUCAUCCGCCAGUGCAGCAAAAUUUAAGAGUGGUGUCAAGUAUGGGAUCUCAAAAUCAUAUCAUAUAGAGGUACUUUGGCUUUUACUCUUGGUUCUCCAUUUUCCAUUUUCUAAUUUUUGUCUCGAUUAAAACUAAAAGAUUUAAUUCUUCAAUUUCAAUCAAAAGUCACAUUUUCUAAAGUUUAAAUUUUUUAAGAUUUUCAAGAUAAGGUUAGUUCUAGACUUCAUUUUCUUAAAUACAAUUGAUCAGAAGCCAAUUAAUUGCUCUAAAUAAGUUGAACAACUCCAAAACCAUACCGCAACCGAAAUGCGCGACGACACUAGCUUGUGGUUCAAGAACGAUACAAAAAAUGUCUGGUCUCCCAGUUCGAAAACGUUUAAUUUUAUCGAUAUUGAUAUCGAUAAUUAAUUAGUUUCCACAACAUGUUAUUGAAAAUUGUUCAAAAACGUUUAAUAUUAUCGAUAUUGAUAUCGAUAAUUAAUUAGUUUCCCCAACAUGUUAUUGAAAAUGGUAAUUUGUAUUUAGGAAUGCACUCGUUGACUGUUCCACAUAAAAUAUAAAAUAAAGUAAUUUUGAAAAAGUUUAGCGAAUCUUGGCUUCAACAUCAAACGUUUCUUGAAUAGACUCUCCCGAGAACCAAAGAUGCCUUUUGCAAUAAACUAAAACUGAAAACGAUAUGUACUGUUAUAUAUCGCAAGUGAUCGAGAGAUUUAACACAUUUACAGAUUUUCGAGAAUUAUCUUGUGAUGUAUUUUCCAACCUGCCACCACUCAUCAAACCCCACACACCCACUCAAACAACACAAAACUAUAAAAAAUACAUUAACAUUAACUAGCUGAAAUUGACCCUCCUCACACACACACACACACACACACACACACACACACACUCACCUGCAGUUUAUCUAUUAAAUAGUCACUUGGCGCUAUCACUACCGCGCCCACACGCCUUCUGCGUCCUGGAGAGGCGUAUUGGAUCCUGUGGUUCCGUGUCGGCGCUCAAUUUGAAGGAUUUGCGUAAAUCGCUUAAUUUUUUUUUACUCGAUAGACACUUCUUUUUUUUUGGUCUAAUUAUAGUGUUUAAAUUUAUGAUGUAACCGUACCGACAUAAUCUUACUUGGAUAUAAACGAAUCAAAAUUAAACUUUAUUUAAUUGUUAAUUUA